AUGAGCAUCUCUUUCUCUGCCACACCCGUCAUUCAUGACCAUUUGAGCCGAGAAGAUUACUCCGAAACUGAACAUCGCCAAACUUGGUACAGCAAGAAGGAACUUUCAUCAAUCAAGAAAGACACCAAGAAGACCAUAACAUGGAUCAUGGGUGGCAUGAAUGGCAACCGCGAUCUCUUUUGUGAGAAGGGCUUGGAAGCCAAGACUCCUACCAACCUUCGCAAGCACAAGUUGCACAAGGAAGAAGCCAUCCGCACUGUUCUAAAGGCCCAACAGAAUCCUACUUACAAAAAGGAUCCAGAAUGUUUGGCCAAGGCAUAUGCCACUUAUUCCGCACCAAGUAUGGCAGAAGCCAUGAUAAUGGCAGCUACCGAGUAA